ACUGCCGCGUCUCCCCAGUGCCGUACGAGGUCCCCUCUCGUACCGUUUUCUCUCCAAAUAUCAGUGGUCCUGUCCUAACCUUAAAAAUUGAUAACGCGAUAACGCAGGACAACGCGAUUUUAAACGCGAGUAAAGCGAUUUAGUAACUGAUCUCGUGUGUAAAGUGCGAAGAAUUCGAGUUAACUGUGCUCGUCCGUGCAACAAACGUGUUACGUAACCUAAUCAGUGCGCGCUAAAGCGUUCGACCGCAAGGAACUCACACCGCGAACAGAUCGCUGAGGAUCAAAUGUCGCGGUAACGCGGUAAUGGUUACUUUUAAGUUAUGCGGGGUUGUUAGACGAGCACUAAAGGCUGUUUUUGGGGGUGUGAAAAUUUCGGAGACUUGAAGGAGGCGCUACGGACUCACCAAAAUGACGCAAGCUUCAGACGAGACGGAGAAGUUGGUCGAAAGUCCCAGCACUACCGCUGUUUAUCGACAAUCCUUGGCUGCUUUGACAUGUUGCCUCUCGUGCUUCACGAUCGGGCUUUCCAUCGGUUGGUCCUCGCCGGCCUUCCACAAGAUCCAGGCCUCGGAGACGAGCUUCACCCUUGACGGGUUCCAGCAGUCCCUGGUGGUGAGCGCCCUCAACAUCGGCAUCAUGUUCGGGGCCAUCCCGACGAGCUUCCUCAUGGACCAGCUCGGUCGGAAGAAGACCCUCCUCUACACGGCCACCCUCUCCCUCCUCCACUGGGUCCUCAUCGCCGGGGCCAUGAACGCCAAGUUCCUCUACUUCGGGCGCUUCCUCGGCGGGAUCUACUCGGGCAUCGCGACGGCCAUCGCCCCGGUCUACCUGGCCGAGAACCUCGAGCCGCAGAUCCGCGGCUCCAUCGGCACCCUCUUCUCGAUCCUCCUCUACGGCGGGAUCCUCUGCACCUACAUCAUCGGCCCCAUCGCCAGCUACAUGAACCUCUCCCUCUUCUGCGGGGCCUUCACCGUCCUCUUCAUGGUCACCUUCGCCCCCAUGCCGGAGACCCCUUACUUCUGCAUCAUCAAGAACCGCCGCGAGGACGCCAGGAAGUCCUUGGAGUGGCUCCGAGGCCAUUCCAACGUCGACGCCGAGCUCAAGCAAAUCGAAGCCUACGUCACGUCGGAACAGGAGCACGUCACCGGGUGGAGCGACAUCUUCACGGACCCGAAUUUGCGACGACCGUUCCUGGUCUGCGUCGCGCUGUGUUUCAUACAGAAAUCCACCGGGUUCUUCACGAUCAUCUCCUAUCAAUCGGUGAUCCUGCCCGGUAUGGUAGGACCCUUGACGUCCGAGGGUGCCACCUUAGUCAUCGGCGUGGUACUCUUAAUGGCAGGAACAGCCUCCGCAUUCCUCAUCGACAAAGUCGGUCGGAUCAUCCUACUUAACCUCUCCUACGUGGGUGUCGUGUUGUCCAUGAUCCCUACCGCGCUAUGGUUCUACUUCAACAAGACGGAUGAGCCGGCGGAUGUCGAGUAUGUGAACCACUACAACUGGGUUCCUUUCUUCGGAUUCAUCGCUUUCAUAGUGUGCCACGCCAUGGGACUUGGCCCGGUCGGGAAUAUCUAUCCCGGCGAGGUAUUGCCGUUGUCGAUCAAGGCGGAUGCUAUGGCUUUGGUUGUGUCGUUGGCUGCACUCUUCACGGCGAUUAACACGGAGAUUUUCGCAUUUUUCAACGCUUACAUCGGGAUGUACGCCAACUAUUUCUCGUAUGCGGUGGUUGCUGUGGUAGGGGCGCUCUUUACACGCUUGUACAUCGUUGAGACGAAGGGUAAAUCUCUGCAGGCCAUCCAGGAGGAGUUCAUCGAGCAGGCUAAGAUGCCGAGGAUGAAGGGUGACUAUUUCGUCUUGUGAUAAUGUGUGUGUUUGCUACGUAGGGAUAAGGGGUUUUUUCACUGGGGGAAAAGCAAAGUUUCACUGGAGCAAUAGAAAAAUUAUUAGCUCAGUUCCUGAAAACCUUUGCAUUUGACGUAAGGAUUACAUAGAAUGGGGUAUGUCACGUACUGUAAUAUACAAGACAAGCUGCAGCUCAUCAGUUCCAACUUGUGAUGACGUAGGAAUAUUUCUAGCUCCCCGAAUUCAAGUAAAAGCAACCCGAAACUCCCCAUGUUUACAAUCGUUUUCCAUUUAAAUCCUUGUUUACUGUGGAAUUAGCACCAAAUUCCUUGCGAUCAAAUUAUUCAUUAAGUAGCUCAAUUAUGGGUUUUGGUGCUCAAUUCAUUAGACCUAUGAAAAACUGCUAAUUCUUUAGACCCCGCACCUUACGACAUUUGAUUCUUAGUGCUCAAACGAAAUUUCAUCCUCUCUUGUUUUCAAUUCUUAUUUUUCACCCUUCAAAGCAAGUCAAAAAGUUGUACCUCAACACCUGUAUACAGAGCUUCAGUCAUACAUAAGAUUUACAGGCCUUACACAAUUAAGUUUCCUGAAAUUUCCGACUUUUGGAUCCCGAAAUCGGUUGUUUGGUAAAUGACUAGGAGCUUUGACAAAAAAGUAAUGAAUGUAAAAUAAUAACUUGGCAGUCAAUCAGUAUUAAUAAUGCGAUCAAAGAAAUGAAACUGUCCUCUUAGCUGGUUAAAUGAUAACCAAUAUGUGACAAUUUUAAAACAGGGAAUGGAAAUGGUAUUUUUAUGUAAUAAACGUGGAUUUUUCUGGUUUUUCAGAGGGACCCAAAAAACCAUUCCCUGCUGGCCCGAACCCAAAUUUUCAUUAGAUACUUGCAUGCGACCUCAGAAUCAUUCGAAUCAUCGAAAGUUUACCAGCUUUGGGCUCAUUUCUCCGUCCAAAAUCACUCUGGAUACUAUUUUCAUAGUUAUAAUGUGUUAAUUCUUAGUAUUAAUGAAAGAGUAAAAGAAUCGACUGGGAAUGACCGUAAGUUAUAAGCCGUGUUUCCGAUUAAAAUUGUUAGUCGUAGCUUUCAUAAAAAAAGUUAGGGUCUCAAGCUCAAAUUCUCAUUUCUUUUCACUCAUAUGAUGAAAUGUGAGGCUAAUCUAUAAUGUAAGCUCAAAUCUUUAACGGUGCUGAUUUAUCAAUUUGCCCAUUUUUAGAAUAGAAAUACAAUUUUCGCCUCGUUUGACGUAAUGAAAAUUCAUUUUUGACACUGUCUAUUUCCCCUCUCAUUAUUUGGUAAUACGUUUAAAUAUUUUCAUAAACAUGUAAAUUAUCUUUUUCUUUUUACAACAAAUAUUGAUCCAACUGCAGUUAAAAAUUGUAGGAAGUUGCAAGAGAGAUAAUUCAUACAACUAAACAAAAAACUAAUGAAAUAAUUGAAAAUGUAAAGGGGAAUAGAAUUAAUUACUUAUUGGACAAUUUCCCUUUGAUGGUACUAAGUAAAAUAGAAGUGUCUUUCUCAAGUCACCAGUUAGUUUGACUUCAUCAACCAUGAACUUGAUUUUUCGACAAGUACAUACAUAUAUACAUUACCUUACAUUUUUCCGUUUUAUGAAAAAAUUCGAUUGCUGUGAUAUUAUUUGUAGCUACGAUGUUUAUCUAAAUUUCUCCUAUGAGGAGUAUAUUCUGUUUCUUGGUCUGCCAAAAUGACAGAGCUGCACAAGUAUUUUGAGGAUUUUUUUCUUUUUUUUAAAUUUAGUAUAAAAUUACGCACAAUUAGUCGUAUACCUUUGAACACCGUUAACAAGUAUUGCAUAGAGUUUGCGACUUGCAAGAAUUAUAUUCUAUACCUUCGAUGUGUAAUUCUGAACAAUGUGUCUAAUUAUAUCAAUUUUCUUGUCAAGAAAGUU